UUAAAACUUUCUAUUGAAAAUUUAGGGUUUCAGUAGACACAUUCCCCCAAAUAUAAAAGCACUUUUUUUUAAUCCAAAAACCUACACUUCCUCAUACAAGCGAAAACCCUAGUUAUUAGUCGGCAGAAGCAGAGAGCCUCCAAAAUCCACACUUUUUUCCCAAACCAUGACUUUCAAGCGUAGGAAUGGUGGCCGCAACAAGCAUGGCCGUGGCCAUGUCAAGUUCAUUCGCUGCUCUAACUGUGGCAAAUGCUGUCCCAAGGAUAAGUCAAUCAAGAGGUUUCUUGUGAGGAACAUUGUGGAGCAAGCCGCUGUAAGGGAUGUCCAGGAAGCCUGCGUCUAUGACACAUACACUCUGCCUAAGCUCUACGUGAAAAUGCAAUACUGUGUUUCAUGCGCGAUCCACUCGCACGUUGUGAGGGUCCGAUCCCGCACUGACAGGAGGAAGCGUGACCCACCCCAGCGCUUCAUCAGACGCAGGGAUGAUAUGCCAAAGCCUGGUCAACCAGGUCAAGCUGCACGUCCAGGUGUUGCCAAUCCUCCUCGUGCUUAAGGCCCUUGAAGUUUAAGAUGAAUUUCUAUUUUUUGAUUUUGCUUUAAAAUGGCUGCAUGAAGGCUUUGAUUGGUUAAAGUUUAAUAGGCAUUUGACACUUUUUUGUUAAUUUGGAAGCUAUGAAUGGUGGAGAAUACUAGUUGGAUUCUCAUAAUUUAUAUUUAGUUGCUUAUGGUUAUCCAAAUCACUUGCGGUUUGAGACAUUGCUUAUUAUUUUACAUAAAACUGUUUUUCCAAUGAAGUGUGGGUCGGUCACAGUCCCUUGUGUGAAAAUAUUUUGAUAUAGAAGUAAAGAUUCACUUA